CCUGCAGGGGAGAACUAUGCUCACCCAAAGAUUUGUUUCUUUUAUGUCCUUUUCAAGGCUGCAGCUUUGACGUUUUACAUACUUUCCUCUCUAUUUUUUGAUAGUUUUGUCAUCAUUUUUGUGGUCACUGUUCUCCUUGCUGCCCUUGAUUUUUGGGUUGUCAAAAAUUUGAGUGGGCGUAUCUUAGUCGGUUUAAGGUGGUGGAAUGAAAUUAACGACGAGGGUGAGAGCGUAUGGAAAUUCGAAUGUCUUGACCAAGAGUCAUUGGCUCGGGUGAACAAGAAAGAUUCAUGGCUAUUCUGGUGGGCUCUUUACCUUACGGCGGUAGCUUGGAUCUUCCUUGGAAUAUUCUCUAUCAUAAGAUUUCAAGCUGAUUAUCUCCUUGUUGUUGGCGUUUGUCUGACCCUCAGCAUUGCAAAUAUUGUUGGCUUUACUAGAUGCCGCAAAGAUGCUAAGAAGCAGCUUCAAGCAUUUGCCACCCAAACACUAGCAUCUCGAGUUUCCUCUACAAUACAGUCAGCCUUUACUGUUGUCUGA